AUGACAGAAAUGCAUAUUUGGAGUCACUCUCAGGAAAAGUUUUGGACCAUUGUGAAAGUGAUAAGGUCUAGUCUCCUUGCUGUGCUAUCAGUUCAGAAAGGCAUACAGACAACCUGCGACGGCAUCUCAGAGGAGGAAUUAUCACUGGUUGGUUUGAAGGAACCAGGAGAUAUUGAUCAACAAGAGAUGAUUCCAAGUAAGAAGAAUGCUGUUCUUGUGGAUGGAGUUGUGCUGAAUGGCCCUACAACAGAUGCAAAAGCUGGAGAAAAAUUUGUUGAAGAGGCCUGUAGGCUAAUAAUGGAAGAGGUGGUUUUGAAAGCUACAGAUGUCAACGAGAAGGUGUGUGAAUGGAGGCCUCCUGAACAACUGAAACAGCUUCUUGAUUUGGAGAUGAGAGACUCAGGCGAGCCACCCCAUAAACUAUUGGAACUCUGUCGGGAUGUCAUUCACUACAGCGUCAAAACUAACCACCCAAGAUUUUUCAACCAAUUGUAUGCUGGACUUGAUUAUUACUCCUUGGUGGCCCGAUUUAUGACCGAAGCAUUGAAUCCAAGUGUUUAUACGUAUGAGGUGUCCCCAGUGUUUCUGUUAGUGGAAGAAACGGUUCUGAAGAAAAUGAUUGAAUUUGUUGGCUGGAAAGAAGGGGAUGGAAUAUUUAACCCAGGUGGCUCAGUGUCCAAUAUGUAUGCAAUGAAUUUAGCUAGAUACAAAUAUUGUCCUGAUAUUAAGGAAAAGGGGCUGUCUGGUUCGCCAAGAUUAAUCCUUUUCACAUCUGCAGAGUGUCAUUACUCCAUGAAGAAGGCAGCCUCUUUUCUUGGGAUUGGCACUGAGAAUGUUUGCUUUGUGGAAACAGAUGGAAGAGGUAAAAUGAUACCUGAGGAACUGGAGAAGCAAGUCUGGCAAGCCAGAAAAGAGGGGGCAGCACCGUUUCUUGUCUGUGCCACUUCUGGUACAACUGUGUUGGGAGCUUUUGACCCUCUGGAUGAAAUAGCAGACAUCUGUGAGAGGCACAGCCUCUGGCUUCAUGUAGACGCUUCUUGGGGUGGCUCAGCUUUGAUGUCGAGGAAGCACCGCAAGCUUCUGCAUGGCAUCCACAGGGCUGACUCUGUGGCCUGGAACCCACACAAGAUGCUGAUGGCUGGGAUCCAGUGCUGUGCUCUCCUUGUGAAAGACAAAUCUGAUCUUCUUAAAAAAUGCUACUCUGCCAAGGCAUCUUACCUCUUCCAGCAGGAUAAAUUCUAUGAUGUGAGCUAUGACACAGGAGACAAGUCUAUCCAAUGUAGCAGAAGACCAGAUGCAUUCAAGUUCUGGAUGACCUGGAAGGCCCUGGGUACAUUAGGCCUUGAAGAAAGAGUUAAUCGUGCUCUUGCUUUAUCUAGGUACCUAGUAGAUGAAAUCAAGAAAAGAGAAGGAUUCAAGUUACUGAUGGAACCUGAAUAUGCCAAUAUUUGCUUUUGGUACAUUCCACCGAGCCUCAGAGAGAUGGAAGAAGGACCCGAGUUCUGGGCAAAACUUAAUUUGGUGGCCCCAGCCAUUAAGGAGAGGAUGAUGAAGAAGGGAAGCUUGAUGCUGGGCUACCAGCCGCACCGGGGAAAGGUCAACUUCUUCCGCCAGGUGGUCAUCAGCCCUCAAGUGAGCCGGGAGGACAUGGACUUCCUCCUGGAUGAGAUAGACUUACUGGGUAAAGACAUGUAG